UGUUCCUUCACGAGAAAGAAAAGGAAAAAGGGUUAACUAGCACUUUCCUUAAUAUUGACAGAAGAAGACAAAUCACUGUAGCAGAUCCAGACCAUUUAACCAAGCAGUCAGUGAUAAACUCCUAAUUUCUCUCUUUUCUCUAUUUGCCUUUGUCUCUCUUGUUUUUUUCCUUUUUCUUUAGUGCUAAUGAUAUGAUACCCCAGCACUUUAUUGACAUAUCUCUCCCCUUUUCCUAUUUCACAUUCUUGCCACUAAAUUUGCCCAAGUGGGGGCUGUUCAAAAGCGUUAAUCUUUAGCAAUGUUUGAUCCUUACAGAUCUAAACCCAGUAGUAGAGGCCGCACUAAUUUGGCUUCAUGUUGUGUUGCCACUUUCUUCUUGAUCUUACUCAUUGUAGGCAUUAUUGUCGUCUACUUCUUCCUUUUCAAACCCAAAACUCCCAAAAUCGCCGUCGACGCCGUUCAAUUCCCCACCUUCUCCGUUACUAACGGCAGCGUUAACUUCACUUUCUUCCAGUACGUCUCCGUUACGAACCCAAAUCGCGAUGAGUUCACUCACUACGACAGCUCGCUUCAGCUCAGUUACUCCGGCGAGCCGGUGGGUGUUGUAUUUAUUCCAGCCGGUAAGAUCGACGGUGGUCGGACGCAGCAUAUGUCGGCGAAGUUUGAUGUUCAGUCUUACCCUCUUCCGGCAACUUUGAGAGCUGAUGUUUCCGGCGGGGUGGUUUCGACGGCGGCGGCGAACGGCGGAGGUGGGGUUGGAAGGGGACCCACAAUGGAGGUGGAAACGAGGAUGAAGUUAGUGGGGAGAGUGAGGGUGUUGAAGGUGUUUACACAUAGGGUGGAUAGUGGAGUGAAGUGUAAAGUGGUGAUUCAAGUCAGCAGUGGCUCUGUUUUAGGCGUCCGUUGUUGAUGCAUGAUUUUCUUGCUGUUAAUUAAUUACAUUUUCAGCUUCUCAUCAAGGGAUUGUUAAAAGGCAAAUUGCAGAUGUAUUUGUAUUAGAAAUUAGGCGAAUGCAAGUGCAAAAAUUGAUGAAGAUUGUUUUUUGUGCUUUGGCUUAUGUAUGUAUAUGACGAUUUACUAAGUUUGUCAGACUGCAAGAUGUUUUAUGAAUUGUUAAAAUGGUCCUUUUGGCCACUUCCAGAUUUGUCA